CUGCUCGUCUCUCUCCAAUUCACCAUGUCUUCUCCGGUGCAGAACAGCACCGCCACCACUCUUUCUCCUCCUCCUCUCCCCCCACCACCUCCGCCGCCUAACAAUUGGGGGCCGUACUCUGGCGCCAAGGACUUCGACGCCAACAUGGUUAGCAUCCUCGUCGUGCUCGUGUGCGCGGCGGCGCUCACCUUCGCCCUCCACGCCGCCUUCCGCCUCCUGCGCCGCCGCUGCCUCCCCCGGUCUGCCGCCCAAGCGGACAAGCCCGGGACGGCAACGGCCGCACCGCAGCAGCUCCUCCCGGGGCCCGUGGUGUUCUCCGUGAGGGCGACUGCGGUGGCGGGCGCGCCGGAGUGCGCCAUCUGCCUUGCGGAGCUGGUGGAGGGCGACCGCGUCCACGUUCUGCCGGCCUGCAACCACGGGUUCCACGCGCAGUGCGUCGAGACGUGGUUCGUCGGCCGCUCCUCCUGCCCCACCUGCCGGACCGAGUGCCGUCCGCCGCCGCCGCCGGAACCGUGAGAUGGCCACACAUGCACCGAUCGAGAUCGGGCAUGCAGUAGCUUUUAUGUAUCACGACCGAGUGCUCCAUCAAUUAGAAGGAGUUUUAUAUGAUGUUUAAUGUAAUCGGCGUUUAGCAUGGAAACCAACUCUGAAAUGAAUCAUAAACAGCAUCAUCAU